CCUCAGCCUCCCAAAGUGCUGGGAUUACAGGCGUGAGUCACCACAACCGGCCCACAAUUCAAUGUAUAACUAUCGCAUAUUCAUUGGUUUGGGGAUCAGGAGGUGGACAUUUGGGAGGAAAGGGGCUAUCCCGCUGCCCACCACACCCAGCGAGGUCACAGGGGCGUCUGUGACUUCAUCGUCCCCUAGGUCCCCCAGGCAACAACCCUGCCACUAGACAUUCCCGCAUGGUAGCUGGACCAGCAAACGCUUCUCAGGGAUUUGAAGCCCAGUGUCCUAACUUCCUCCAUGGGCUCUCCGCCUGGGGAACCUGAGAACCCUUCCUCAAGGAUCCAGACGCUGUUUAGGAAGGUCAAGACCUUACUCACCAAACCCCCUCCUCCGCCCCCACCUCCGCCUCCAGCCUGCUCCUGGAAGCCUGGCUGUACACACAUGUAUGGGUACGUGUUUGGGCAUAUGCAUGACAACAGUCUUGAACAUCUCCUGUCACAGCAGGUGCUGGGCACAGGAGAGCAGCUGAUGGUCCCUACGGAAGUCCUGGAAGUGGAUAACGAGGGGGCCCUGUGGAAGUUUCUGCUCUCAGGAGCUAUGGCCGGGGCGGUGUCUCGCACAGGCACAGCGCCUCUGGACAGAGCCAAGGUGUACAUGCAGGUCUACUCCAAGACCAACUUCGCCAACCUGCUGGGGGGGCUACAGAGCAUGGUCCGGGAGGGGGGCCUCCGCUCCCUGUGGCGGGGCAACGGCAUCAACGUGCUGAAGAUUGCUCCUGAGUACGCCAUCAAGUUCUCCGUAUUCGAACAGUGCAAAAACUACUUCUGUGGAAUACAAGGGUCUCCGCCCUUCCAGGAGCGUCUCCUGGCCGGCUCCUUGGCUGUGGCCAUCUCCCAGACCCUCAUCAACCCCAUGGAGGUUCUGAAGACGCGGCUGACCUUGCGCCGGACGGGCCAGUACAAGGGGCUGCUGGACUGUGCCAGGCAGAUCUUGGAGCAGGAGGGCACCCGCGCCCUUUACCGCGGCUACCUCCCUAAUAUGCUCGGCAUCAUCCCCUACGCCUGCACGGACCUGGCCGUCUAUGAGAUGCUCCGGUGCUUCUGGCUGAAGUCAGGCAGGGAUAUGGGGGACCCCAGCGGCCCGGUCAGUCUGUCAUCUGUGACGCUGUCCACGACCUGUGGCCAGAUGGCCAGCUACCCACUGACUCUGGUGCGCACCAGGAUGCAGGCCCAAGACACCGUGGAGGGCUCGAACCCCACCAUGCGCGCAGUCUUCCAGAGGAUCCUGGCCCAGCAGGGCUGGCUAGGGCUGUACCGAGGCAUGACCCCCACGCUACUGAAGGUGUUACCAGCAGGUGGCAUCAGCUAUGUGGUGUACGAAGCCAUGAAGAAAACCCUGGGCGUAUAGGCUGUGAGCUGGACGACAGCCUAGGCUGAAAUGGGAUAGGUGGACCUGAUGACCCCUGGCCCCAAAGAGCCCGCAAGGCCUCAAGACUCAGGCCCUGGAGCAGUUUUUGGUGGCAAAAGCAGGCUCGGGGUUGCCGGGGGAGCUGCUGGGUCAGAAGAUUCCUAAGGCUCCCUCCCCAGGAUGUAGCCUGAGACAAGAAACUUCGACUCCAGUCUGGGUCUUUGUGGGUCGACCUGGCUCCAGGGUGGAAUGGUGAACAUGGCAGACAACCAGGAAUAAAGAGAUGGUUUUGGCUGAAA